GCUCUGGCCGACCACAACGUCUUCUUGGAAGGCACCCUGUUGAAACCCAACAUGGUAACAGCCGGUCAGUCCCAUGCAGUGAAAUUCUCCCCAGAAGAUGUGGCCAAGGCGACAGUCACAGCUCUUCAGCGUACCGUUCCUGCUGCUGUGCCCGGUAUCACGUUCCUGUCGGGCGGCCAAUCGGAAGAAGAGGCCAGCGUCAACCUGAACGCCAUCAACCAAUACCAAGGUAAGAAGCCAUGGGCUUUGACCUUCAGUUAUGGGCGUGCUUUGCAAGCGUCCGUUCUUCGUGCAUGGGGCGGCAAAGACGAACAAGUCAAGCAGGGACAGGACGAGCUUCUGAAACGUGCUAAAGCUAACAGUGAAGCUUCUCUGGGAAAGUACCAAGCUGGAUCUGCCCAAGGCAAGGCUGGGGAUGCUGGUCUCUUUGUCCAGAACCACGCUUACUAGACAACAUUCUUAUAAUAACGCACGUACUAUUGCGAGGUGUAGUUUAUAAAGUGCUAGUUUUUAAAAUCAGUUGUGGCAUUUGGCUUUUCUAAGUUACUAGAGAACGCAGAGUUUCCAGCUCCAUUUUACUGUGGAUUAAGUCUUUAAUCAGACUGUAGACGAAUAUGUUUUUAUCUCUAUUAUUUAUAUGAAUAUUUAAUUGUGGAUAGCUGAUUUAUUUGUGAAAUUGUUGUUAUAUUAAAGAAAAUAUAUAUAACCAAA